UGGUAACAAUAAAUAAAUAAUAUGAAAUGGCAUGAUAUGAAAAGAAAUAAGUAGAAUAAAAUUUAGCAUUAUUUGCAGAAGGUUGAUUAAUGCUAUUUGUGUUGUUUUUCCUGAUGGUAUUUAGUUGGAUAAUUUGUGAAAGAAAAGGCGAGUGUGGCGUUAGGGAAGAGCAAUGGUGUUCUCUUCCAACCCCUUAUCCCUCAGCGUCCCGGAACCCGCCUUCGAGUCGUGGCUCCGCGACACCGGCUACCUGGAAGUCCUCGACCACCGCACCUCCUCGGCCGCCGCCGUCUCCCCCGCCCCCUCGUCCUCCGGCUCCGGGCUCUUGUCCCGCCUCCUCACCUUCCUCUCCCUCUUCACUCUCAACCCCUUCGCCAAGCUCACCGCCGAUGACUUCGCCGGCGACACUCCCUCCUGGUCCCGCUCCUUCUUCGCCUUCUCCCACUCCUACUCCUUCCCUUCCUCUCCCUCCCAAGCUCGCCUCCGACUCCAAGAAAACGUCAAGCGCUACGCCCGCAACUACGCCUAUCUCUUCAUCCUUUUCUUCGCAUGCACUCUGUACAAGAUGCCGGUUGCUCUUGUUGGGUUGAUAUUGUGUCUGGCAUUGUGGGAUUUCUUCAAGUUUUGUAGCCAUAGAUGGGGAUUGGAGCAGUAUCCCUUAACCCGCCAGUGCUUGGUUCGCGUCGCCCAAUGUGCGACUGCAGUUAUUCUAAUCUUUUCCAAUGUUCAAAUGGCUCUCUUUUGUGCCAUAUGCGUCAGCUAUGCAGGUGUGAUACUUCAUGCUGCUUUUCGCAAGUUGACCCCUGUAAAGCAGCCUUCAGUGGGAAGAGGUAGGUAGUUGGUUAAUCAAACAAACUCUGGUGCACUUGCAGUUAUCCAGCACGUCUCCAGUGAUUCAAGGGCCUUUGGUAUAGAAUUUUGUUGGGCUUACACUGUAAAUUUUAAAGGACAAGUUUGUUACAGAAGAUUGGGCAAUGUAAAAAGGUUGGAUUUUGUAUUUGUUGAUUAAAAUUAAUUAUUUAGAAUAAAAUCUUUGAAUUAAAUAUAUAAAUUAUGAAGA